AUGAGACACUUUGAAUUAUUACUAGCCUUCUUAUUUAUAAUUGGUGGAUCAACCAGGGAAAUCGAAGAAGAUUUGGAUACCGUAAGUCGACAGAGCAAUUGAAAUAAUUCAUGAUUCAAUUUUUAAAGGUUGAUAUAAUUUCUCACUAUGGUUAUCCAGUUGAAAGACAUUUUGUAACAACUCAAGAUGGAUAUACAAAUCAAGUUCAUCGAAUUCCACAAGGUCGUGACAGUCGAACAAUUGGAGGAUGUUCAAAAAGACCUGUCGUAUUUUUUAUGCAUGGGUUAUUUGCAUCAUCUUUUGAAUUUGUUUUGAAUCUUCCAUCUCAAAGUCCUGCUUAUGUAUUCGCUGAUGCUGGAUUUGAUGUUUGGUUGGGAAAUGUAAGAGGAACUGAAUAUGGAAGAAAUCAUUCUCAUUUCUCACCAAAAGAACAACAAUUUUGGAAUUUCUCAUUAUAUGAUCAUUCGCAUUCGGAUUUACGAUCACAAAUUGAAUAUGUUUUGAAAGAAACUGGCCAGGAAAAUCUAUUUUAUGUUGGACAUUCUCAAGGAACUGCAGUUAUGUUUGCGAGAUUGGCGGAAGCUGAACCAGCUUGGCAAAACAAAAUUCGCGCAUUUUUCGCAAUGGGUCCAACGGCUGGAUUUAUAAAACCAGAUUUACCAUUCGAACUUCUUGAAAAUCACGAAAUCCAAAGAUUGAUUCAAUUUGUACUCGAUGGAAGAUUUGGAAUUAUCCCAAUCAACAUUCCAAAACCCAUUGUUUCAGCUCUUGCAGAUGUUUGUGGACAACACUUUUUAACACAUUUCUGUGCAUCAGCUUUCUAUCUUUCUGCAGGAAGAGAAAAAUUAGGACAAAUGAAUGAAACAAGAAUACCAGUAUUUGUCAGUCAUUUCCCAUCAACAACUUCUACUUUGAAUCUUCUUCAUUGGGUACAAAUUUUCAAAUAUCAUGAGAUUCGUCAUCUCGAUUUGGGACCGAAAAGAAAUCUUCAAAUCUAUGGACAAACUGAAGCACCGGCAUUGGAUAUUGGAAGAAUUAAUGUUCCGACAUAUCUAUAUUACAGUCAUGAUGAUCGAGUUACCGAUGAACGAGAUGUUAAUGAAAUAAUUAUUAAACGAAUGGGACCAGCGUUAAAAGAAGCCAACAAUUUGGAUCAUUUCAGUCAUUAUGAUUUUGCUGUUGGACUUCGAGCAACUGACGAAGUUUAUAAACCAAUUAUUUAUCAAAUCUACAAAGAUAUUGAGAACGAUGGAUGCUAA